GCACUGUUCACCGUCAUGGUCCUGGCCCUCGUGGUCGCCUUCGCCGCCGCCGGUCACUUCGGCGGAGGUGGAUUUGGUGGACGCGGAGGUGGAUUUGGUGGACACUCUGGUGGAUUUGGCGGUGGAAAAUCUGGUGGUUUUGGCGGCGGAGGAUUCAGAGGCGGAUUUGGAGGUGGACACAGAGGCUUCGGUGGAAGUUCCGGAGGAUUCGGAGGCGGACACGGAGGGUUCGGCCGUGGAUUUGGAGGAUAUGGAGGGUAAUCCAUGACUUCGCACCACCAUCUUGGCCUCAGAAGAUGGCUUUUUGUAUUUCGAGAAUAAGAUUAACAUAAAAUUAAA